AUGCCAUUACCAUCGCGUCUCGGACUAAUCGCUUUCUCAUCCAUCGCCUCUUCGUCCCGCCAUCGUCCUGCCACUCGCCUCUCAACUGUUCGAGCCAUGAGCACUGCUUCGUCUAAAGGCGGCUAUGUGUCGCUCAGCAACCGCUGCAAUGACAGCAAGUCGCCCUAUGUCCGAUCGCAUGCCAACAACCCUACAGCAUGGCAGCUCUGGACCCCCGAGACCCUCGAGCUGUCCAAGCGCACCAACCGCCUGCUCUUCGUUUCCAUCGGCUACUCUGCCUGCCAUUGGUGUCAUGUCAUGGCUCACGAGAGUUUCAUGAACGAUCGCAUCGCCCAGCUGCUCAACGAACACUUCAUUCCUGUCAAGAUCGAUCGCGAGGAACGUCCCGAUGUCGACAAGGUCUACAUGGAUUUCUUGCAGGCCACGACUGGUGGUGGAGGCUGGCCGCUCAACGUUUUCGUCACUCCAGAUCUCCAACCAUUGUUUGGCGGAACCUAUUGGCCCGGUCCGAAGAGCGAACGCGCUCGCCAUGGUGGUAGCUUCGAGGCUAUCUUAACGAAAGUUGCCAGCGCCUGGAAAGAGCAGGAAUCCCGAUGCAGAGAAAGCGCCGCCAACAUCACCGACCAGCUCAAGCAAUUUGCUCAGGAAGGUACACUGUCCGGAAGGAGGUCAGGCGAGGGUGCUGAGGAGAGCGAUGAUGUUCUUGAGUUGGAAUUGUUGGAAGAGGCUUAUGAUCAUUACAAUUCCAGAUACGACGAGCAGUAUGGUGGAUUUGGCGGUGCUCCAAAGUUCCCUACACCUUCACACCUCUCCUUCUUGUUAAGACUGGGUGAGUGGGACGGAAUUGUCAAGGAUGUUAUAGGCGACGAUGCGGUGCAGAACGCUCAAAAUAUGGUCUCCAAGACGCUCGAGAACAUGGCCAAAGGUGGUAUGAAAGAUCAGGUUGGCCAUGGAUUUGCCAGAUAUUCCGUCACCAAAGAUUGGAGCCUGCCUCACUUCGAGAAGAUGCUUUACGACAACGCUCAACUGCUGCCUGUUUACCUCGAUGCCUGGCUGAUAACCAAGAACCCACUCUUCCUCGAUACCGUUCACGACAUCGCUACCUACCUCACUUCACCACCCAUACACUCCCCCACUGGUGGCUUCCACGCCUCGGAAGAUGCUGACAGCGCACCGAGUGCUUCUGAGAAGGAACACAAGGAGGGUGCUUUCUAUGUCUGGUCUCAUUCAGAGUUUUACAAGGCUCUGGGCGAUGAUAAAAUGGCCGACAUGCUCGCCAAAUACUGGAAUGUGAAGCCCAAUGGCAACGUCAGCUCAAAACAUGAUAUCCAGGGUGAACUCAAGGGACUCAACACGCUCUGUGUGACCUCUUCUCUCUCGGAACUUGCUCAGCAGUUUGGCGUGUCGGAACAAGACGCGGCAAAGGCUGUCCAGACUGGUCGCCAAAGACUUUCGGACUGGCGCGACCAACACCGUCCUCGUCCUCUACUCGACGACAAAAUUGUCGUUUCCUGGAACGGUCUAGCCAUUGGCGGUCUCGCUCGCACAGCUUCUGCUCUGAAGCAAUCUGAUUCUGAAGCGUCAACGAGAUAUCUUGAGGCUGCCAUAUCAGCAUCUCAUUUCAUCAGAAAGGAGCUUUAUGAUUCGGAAAGCAAAACUCUGCGACGAGUGUACCGCGAAGGACCUGGUGCCACCGCAGGAUUCGCUGACGAUUAUGCCUUCCUCAUCAGCGGUCUCAUCGAUCUUUACGAAGCAACCUUUGAUGAUUCCUACCUGCAGUGGGCCGACGAAUUACAACAAUCACAAAUCAAGCAUUUCGCUGACAACGAAAGCGAGACCAAGGGCGGCUUCUUUGGCACACCAGCCCACGCUCCCGAUAUCUUGAUUCGCAGCAAGGAUGCCAUGGACAAUGCAGAGCCUAGCGCCAACGGUGUGAGCGCGGCGAAUUUGACCAGACUCUCGUCAUUGCUUGAUGACUCAAAAUAUGCCGAUCUUGCCAAACGCACAGCCAAGGCCUUCGAGGUCGAGAUGGUUCAGCAUCCUGGUCUCUUCACUGGUCUGAUGUCAACAGUGGUCAACUCUAACCUUGACAUCAAGCCUAUUGUGAUAUCAGGAGCCGAGUCUAGCUCAGAAGUGCAGGGUGCACUGGAACAGCUUCGUCAAAUGGUUCGUCCCGGUUCAACGGUGGUCAGAAUUGGUGGUGACAGUAAGAGCGACUGGCUCAGACAGAGGAAUGAGCUUCUUGGAUCAAUCCAAACAGAUAAAGAUAUGGUUCAAAUUUGUGAAGGCACAAGUUGCAAGUUGGUCAAGGCAGCUGAGCUGCAGGAGCUGCUCAAGGGAACUCAUGUAUAA